AUGGCUUCUUUACAGCAGCCUGUACUGUCAGAAGGUCCCGCGGCGGCAGUCUGGAGGUCUCCUGGUGGCUUCCAACACGAUAGUCAAACUCUUGAUCUAGAUCAGAGCUCUACCCUCCAGACCCAGGGACCAUCGAAAACGAGCGGCGAUGCUGAGCCGUCGAGUCUUGCACCCCAGGCAGUCUCUUCUACCGACAAAAAUCGGCAGGGUGUGUGCGAGCACGGUGACCGAAUCUCAGAAAAUGUCUCACAGGAUAGUGAGAAUCAGGCUGACGGGCCGCAACAAAUGUUGGGUCCCGGUUCUCCAGCUCUCGAAACAGCCAGUCAGUCAUCGCCGAACUCAAGCCACACAGCACUCGCCGAAGGGGCUCAACCUAUCGAACAACCAUCUCCAUCCGGUCCGUCGGGAGCGAACUCGACCGUUUCUGGUUCAGUGUGCCUUGCGCAGGAUCAAGACGAAGAAAAGCUUAUACCAAGGCCACCCAUCUCCGAAUCGCUUGGUCUCUGGACCUGUACAAUUAUCGCAGGUGGAACUGCCAUCACUCUAGCAGUCCUUGGCUUCUUGAUCUUCCUAUGGUCGGGAGAAGGGCUGGCCGGUGGAGAGGGUGCCACUUAUAUCUGGAGGAAGAUCAUGCUCAGCGAGUCGUGGCCUGCGCAAACGGUCACGAUUUGUUCCCUGGUAUUGCGAACUGUCGCGGCAGCACAGGCUGCGGUGUGCACGUCUCUGGUCGCUGCUCUGCUACUCGAACGACGUCGACUGCCGUUGUCCAAGGUCGUUCCGGUCUCUAUCAAGAGAGGUGUCAACGACGGCCCGUUCAGCCUGGUCCGCGAAGUCUUCUCGAGGAGAUAUCUGCAGCCAGUCUUAUCUGUGGAGAUGGUCCUGGUCCUGUUUUCCACAAUGGUGACCUUUGGCAUCCAGUUCACCUCCACCACUCUUGUCCGGGUUCAAUACAACGACACUCGUACAAUUUCCCCAACAACUGCAUCACAGAGUCAUGUUCUCCUCUGA